CAUAGUGUAUUUUUCAUUGGAAAUUAUCCUUGAGUUUGAUAAACUCUUUCCCCAAUGAUAUUAACUAUUUUAAAUGAACAAAUUUAUCACACUUUUGAGCCAUUAUACUCUCAGAUAAAAAAGAUUUUCAAUUUUUUAUAUUUCUUGUCUAAGUAGACAACUAUAGUAACAGAACAUAGCUAAAUAUUUUUAUAUGGAUGGUUAUUUGUGAAUUUCAAGAAUAAUAUUUGAUAGAAUUUGGAAGCUAUAUGAUCUCAUAAUAUUAUUUACCAUUUAUCUUGCAACAGUUUUCCCUUUAAAAUUCAUCAUGAGUUCUUUCUGUUUAUGCAUGAGAAAUUAGAGCUUAAUAAUGGAGGGAAGUUAAUGUCAGCACAUACGCUUUUCUAUUCUUCAAGCUUCUCUUGUUGCGAAAUGAACUACUUACAUGGUCAAAAAGUUAGAACAACAUUCUUUGUGCUUAAAUUAUUCUGUCUUCCUGUCAUGUGUGUGACUCUGCACCUCAGAAUGGCCUUGGAUGGAAACAGCCCCUGAGACUCGGGCCAGUGCUUCUCAGGACGUGAAGCCGUUGUCAUCUCAGGAACUGAAAUGGCUAAGCAAAUCCAAAAAGAAAUACAGCAAGGUGUGGAAUCAUGGAUGGCUCUUGGGAACAGGAGGCCCCAUCUCAGUAUCAUUUUAGUGGGAGAUAACCCAGCAAGCCACACCUACGUCAGGAAUAAGAUAAAAGCUGCUUCCGCUGUAGGUAUCUGCAGUGAGCUCAUCCUAAAGCCUGAGAACGUUUCUCAGGAGGAGCUUUUGGAUAUCACUGAUCAACUGAACAUGGACCCAAGAGUCAGUGGUAUACUUGUGCAGCUCCCUCUUCCAGACCAUGUGGAUGAAAGAACAAUAUGCAACGGAAUUGCCCCAGAAAAGGACGUGGAUGGAUUUCAUAUUAUCAAUAUUGGAAGACUGUGCCUCGACCAGCGUUCUUUGAUACCUGCCACUGCCAGUGCUGUCUGGGAAAUGAUCAAAAGAGCAGGAAUUGAAACAUUUGGGAGAAAUGUGGUAGUAGCAGGGAGAUCCAAGAAUGUGGGCAUGCCGAUCGCCAUGCUGCUGCACACGGACGGGGAGCAUGAGCGCCCGGGAGGAGACGCCACGGUGACGAUAGCUCACAGAUACACUCCCAGAGAGCAACUGAAGGCCCAUACUCAACUGGCAGACAUUAUCAUAGUGGCUGCAGGUAUUCCCAGGCUGAUUACAGCUGAUAUGGUUAGAGAAGGCGCAGCAGUAAUUGAUGUGGGUAUCAACUAUGUUCAAGAUCCUACGACAGGAAAGACUAAACUAGUUGGAGAUGUAGACUUCGAAGCUGUUAAGGAGAAAGCCAGCUUCAUCACUCCAGUGCCAGGAGGUGUGGGACCCAUGACUGUCGCCAUGCUUCUGAGGAACACGCUGCUGGCUGCUAAGAGCAUCACAUACUAGAUCACACAGGAGAUUUAGUAUCAAAAUGGAUAAUGCUGCUUAUUUAUUCGACAACAGGCAGAACUAUUUCUAUUUUACUACAAAGCUAUUUAUUUCUACAUUGUAUUUAUUUUUUCAUCAGUGGAAUCAUCAUGGAACUAAUUAUUUACACAACCUAUUGAAUUUCUUGCUACUAGAUUUUGAGUUUUAAGAAAAGAAACCAAACAAUUCCAACGAUAAGUUUGGUAACAAUGCUUUAUUUUAUGGAUAUUUGUUCAUAAUGUUAAAACAAAUGAAUAAUUCAUAUUAAAUAAAUAUAUUUUUGACAUACUCUAAAUAUCACACACAGUAUGUUUUUAAACACUGUUUUGUCAGCCAAAUGGGUGCCCUGGAAAUUGUAAUUUGUUAUAACCGUGAUUUUUUUUUAAUAUAGUUCAUUAUUCUAGGUUGUCUGUUGAAGAAGAGCUUAUCUGUUAGGAGGAAGAUAGAAUGUUGAAAAUGAACUCUUUAUCUCAGCUAUCUUCCAGCAUCCCACAAAACAAUCCUAUGGAAAAAUUGACGUUUUAGUUAAGAAACAAAACUAUUUAGGCAAAAGUCGCCAUGCUACUUGGGAAACUAAAACCUGUUGACUUGGUGUAGUACAUGGGCAUAUGUGUUAGGUGCCACAUCACUGAGUUCACUGGUUUGGGAUAAGACUGUGUGUGUUAGGUUUUCACACUAUAGAAGGAGCUGCGGGCUGCAUUCCCGCCCGGCUCCCGCACUCCUGGCUAGUUUAUGCCCCGAAAUAACUGCACAGAAACUGUAUUCUUUUAAAUACUGCCUGGCCCAUUAAUUCUAGCCUCUUAUGG